AUGGCGGAAGAAGCAGAGGCAGCGUCAUAUCUGACGAGCCUCCUGAACAGGACGCUGCACUUGCACACGACAGAUGGCCGCAUGUUUGUGGGCCAGAUGAAGUGUACCGACAACGAACGCAACAUUAUCCUGGCCAUGACCCACGAAUACCGCCAACCUUCACAAUCGGACGUACGCCUCGCAGCUGAAAGACAUGAAAGAAAAGGAGGCGUGGGGACUGUGAAAGUGGACAUGAAGAAGAGAUUUGUUGGGCUGGUUGUGGUCCCAGGACAGUACAUCACGAAGAUUGAGAUCGAGAGCUAUUCUUGA